AUAGCACGGGCUAGCCUCCGCGGUGUAAACAUAGUACUGUGACCUGCGAUUCAUAACCUUUCUCAUUCAUGCGGCUUUUGACAAGAACGAUAAUGCUUUAUGUUUACCACGGUGUUUACUCAGUGUUAAGUUUAUAGACAUUCAUUCCAUCUUUAUAAAACAUUGUUCUACUUUCAUUUUAAUAAGAUGAUACCUCCUAGGAGCUUUUGCCAGUUAAAAUACUUAAAGACAUGUAUUCGUCAUUUGCACUCAUCUAAAGUAUGUUCUGCAAGAAAAAGGAACAGUGGUGGUGGUGGUGGUGGUUUGGGUGGUCCAGAUGAGCUUUCAGAGAAGACAGUGAAAGAGCUGUUAGACAACUCUACUGUAGGUAACCGACUUAAAGUAGAAGAUCAGAAAUGGCUGAAAUCACCUUAUGCUGAAGCCAAUAAGAGGGACCAGGCCCAGAAAGCACUACGGCCAAAAGUUGAUCCAGAAGAGACAACCAUUAUUCUUUUCCCUGGGCAAGGGGUCCAGCGUGUUGGCAUGGGACAGAGGCUGCUAAACUUGCCUGUCGUGCGAGACAUGUUUAAAGAUGCAAAGGAUAUUCUAGGCUAUGACUUAUUAAAAUUGUGCUUGAAUGGGCCCCAGAAUGAACUUGAUCUUACCGUGUAUUGUCAGCCAGCUAUAUAUGUGACAUCGUUAGCUGCUCUGCAGCUGAUGAUAGAGGAGCGUCAAAUGUCUGUUGAAACCUGCGUUGCUACUGCUGGAUUUAGCGUGGGUGAAUACGCAGCCUUAGUGCUUGCAAAUUCUAUAACUUUUGAAGAAGGUCUGAAAUUGGUGAAGUAUCGGGCAGAGGCCAUGCAAAGAGCAUCAGAAGAAGUCCAAGGGGGUAUGAUUACUACAUUCCUAGAUCCUGGAGCUAAACUUGGCACUAUUCUAGAUAGUGCUAUUGAAUACUGCAAAAGAAAUGGCGUAGAGAAACCAGUUUGCUCUGUGGCUAACUUUAUGUAUGCCAACUGCAGAGUUAUUGGGGGAAAUAUUGAGGCUAUACAAUUUAUUGAACAAAACAGCAAAGAAUUAAAAAUAAAAAGAUGUAGAAGAAUUCCUGUGUCAGGAGCAUUUCAUACUGAACUAAUGCGUCCAGCUGCUGAAGAAUUUGCUGAGCACCUUUGGAAGGCUAAAUUUAAAGAUCCAGAGAUAUCUGUCCAUUCUAAUGUUGAUGGUAUGGCCUACACUGAUGGCAAAAGUAUAAAGAGACAACUAAUGAAGCAAAUAUAUCGACCAGUUAAAUGGGAGCAGACUCUCCGUAUUCUGUAUGAUAGAGAACCAGGCUCAGGUUUCCCUCAUACAUUUGAAGUAGGUCCAGGGAAAUCAUUAACUAGUCUGUUAAGGUAUGCAAAUGCAAGUGCUGCAAAACAUACAACUAAUAUUUUUUCAUAGAUUAUCUAGCUAGUGUGCUGUAUUUUUUCUCUUAGAUUUACUUCAUGACAUGCUGUUGAAUUUGAGAUCUAUGUCCACUGCUCAUAUGGCUCCCUUGAGUAUUUUUAUAAUUUUGUGUUGUAAAUAAAGAAGUAUAAAACACAUCAGAAA